AGUCAAACAAGGAGUCUCCAAGCAAUCACAAUGAAAUUCCAAUACAGCUGCGUUCUGCUUCUGGCCCUGUUCGCCGCCAGCCAGGCCUACAGCGCCUCCUGGGGCAAGAGGAACAGCAACGAUUAUCUGCUGUCCCGCCAAACGGAGGUGCGUUACCCAAUCAAGAACAACUACUGGAACGUCAACGUGGACUUCCCCCGUUCCGGCACCACCAACAUGUACAGCAUAACCUUUGUCAAUGUGAUCGAUAACUUCCGCAACAGCUCCGGUGCCACGCCCAGUCUGUGGUCCGGCGGUCCCGGCUAUCGCUUUGUCCAAAUCAAUCUGCGCAGCCUGGUUGGCAAAGGCCUCAAUUCCACCGUCGAGAUCUGGGGUCGUUGAGCUAUCGCUUACCCCAAUACUUACCAAUAUCCAACGAUAUGGAACUCGCAUACAAACAAUAGGUAGAAAAAUAAAAUAAAAAAUUAAAAACAACAA